AUGGGUUGUUGUGGAAGCAAAGACGAAGACGAUAAUGCAAAGAACGAACGUUCUCGUCUUUUAUCUGGUGAAGGAUCUACUGCGUAUGAUACCUCGCAUGCGAGGAUGAAUUAUCGUUAUGAUGAUGCUGUUGACCACACCAUAGAACAAGAAGCAUUGCAAAAGAUCGUUCAGCAAACGGCAGAUAAUUUUAUUGAUAUAUCAAACACUCAUGCCACUGAACGUUUACAACAACAAGAGGCAAUAGAUCGUGCGAAUGAAUACAAACUUGAUCCAAGUACCCUACAAAAAAUACAAGAAAAGAGUGACACAUUACCGAAAUUGCGUCACAAAAAAUCAACGUCACUGCAAUCUCAACAGGUUGCUGCACAAGGUGGUGCGACGGAUUUACCUCCACAUGUCGUGUUGGGUAGCGGUGGAGUUACACGAGAGGAUCAGGAGUGGCUGACGAAAGCGAUAGAUGAAAUGCAUGAAGCUAUUGAACAUAUAGAAGUUGAAUAUGUCGGUGAUUUAGUAGUUCCUUUGACAUGGGCUAACUCUGCACCAAUUCAUGCUAUUCAUGGAUGA